AUGGCGACAGUUCUUGGAAUCGGAAACGCACUUCUCGACUUACUUUGCAACGUCCCGGACGAAGUCUUGACCGAACUUGAGCUUCCAAAAGGAUCAAUGCAACUUAUUAACGAGAAACAAAAUCAAACCAUUUUGAAGGUAGUCAGUAAGUACCCCAAAAUAGUUGUGUCUGGUGGGUCUGCGUCGAAUUGUAUUCAUUCCGUUGCUCAUUUAGGUGUCAAGUGUACUUUACAGGGUAAAAUUGGAAAAGAUGCCAAUGGCAAAGCGUUUGAAGCCGAUUGUGUGAAUUCCGGAAUAACACCAAACCUUGUUUUGACUGAUAUGGCGACAGGGUGUGCAAAUGCAUUCAUCACCCCCGAUGGGGAAAGGACAUUUGGCACGUUCUUGGGAGCAGCUUCAACACUCUGUGCAAAUGAUAUAAACGAGCAAGUCAUGAAAGGGGUGAAGGUAUUACACACUGAGGGGUAUUUAAUGAAUGACCACGACAUGUUUAGAAAAAUGAUGAAAGUGGCUAAAGAGCAAGGCUUAGAGAUUUCACUCGACGUUGGAUCUUUUAAUGUUAUUAACUCAAUGAAAGACUUCUUCGACGAAAUCAUUCGAGACUACGUCGACAUCCUUUUUUGUAACGAAGAAGAAGCUCAGGCAUUAACUGGGGUUGAAGACCCAUAUGAAAGUCUUGAUAUGUUAAGUCAAAUAGUGAAGCUACCUAUUGUGAAACUGGGUGGAAAAGGGUCCAUCGUAAAAAUGAACGGCAAAACCGUGAAAAUCGAACCAUUCAAAGUCAAAAAAGUUGUUGACACAACUGGAGCUGGUGACUCAUAUGCAGGGACAUUUUUGGCGGGAUAUAUUAGAGGAGCGUCGUACGAUAAAUGCUGUAAAGCCGCAUCACUCGUGUCCUCAAAAGUUAUCCAAAAAAUGGGAGCUAAAUUAACUGACGAGCAAUGGGAUCAAAUCAGGCCUGAAGUCGAAGAGAUCUUUGCUUGA